AUGAUGUUGUACUGUUGCGUCGGGACAGUCGCACUCAAGAAUGGUGACAAUAAUACGAUCGGUCGGUCGCGAGUGCCCGGGAGGAGCUCCAUCGGACUUUCGGGGACGUACUCGCCGACGGCAAGCAGCUUGGGCCGUGAUGUCGAAGAGGCGAUGCACCGUAAAGAACUUCCAAGCCGCCACCUCCACACUCUCAAGACGCACAAUGGUCCGGUCAACGCGGUAACAUUUUCGAGCUAUCCUGGCACCUAUGUUUUGACAGGCUCAUCCGACCGGGCCAUCCACCUUUCUCGCGCUGUUCCUGCAAACUCGGAGAGCUCCGCGACACCUUCAGAAUCCACCAAACCCAUUCAACGAUAUGAAGCGCAUGGGUACUCGGUCCUCGAUGUUGCAGUCACGGCGGAUAAUGCUCGCUUCGCUAGUGUGGGAGGUGACAGACAAGUCUUUCUGUGGGAUGUCGAGCAAGGUGGGACCACGAGACGGUGGACCGGUCACAAUAGCAAAGUCGAGGCCGUUCAAUUUGCUGGUGAUGGCGACUCUGUAGUUGUUUCAGGCAGUGCAGAUACCACGAUCAAUUUGUGGGACACUCGCUCGAACGCCUACAAACCCAUUCAGACCCUGACAGAAGCGACUGAUACAGUCUCCUCUUUGCAUGUGCAUAUGCCUACCUAUUCCAUAGCCAGUGGCAGUUACGACGGCCACGUCCGGGUUUAUGACGUUCGCAUGGGCAAGACAACGACCGAUAUACUUGCGCAUCCAGUCACGAGCGUGCGCUGCUCAUCGGACGGCAACGCACUGCUGAUCUCUACGUUGGACAGCUAUAUCCGUUUACUGGAUCGCGCAGACGGUAAACUACUUGCAGCCUUCGGGGGGACUGUUAAGAAUAACGAGCGACCUGUGCGAGAAAUUCUCAGUCCUACACCUGACCACGUUUACCGCAACACCGAAUUGCGGGUUCGCUCCACCUUCGCACAAAAUGAUGCGGUAGUUCUGAGUGGUAGCGAAGCCCAGCCGCCGGGCGCCGGCGUGGCCCCUGGCGCCGCAGUAUUUGCGUGGGAUGUUUUGAGUGGGGAAAUCGUUACUAAAGUCCCCAUGGGGGCCAAUGUGAAGGCUGUCAGCUGUGUGGCAUGGAACCCAGCGGGCUACUGGGUGGCUGGCUGCGCAGACGGGACUGUUCGAGUCUUUGGAUGA